AUGGACGCCGCCCGCCCGGUCGUCCGCAUGGAGGCGCUGCACCCGCACUCGUGGUCCUUCGCCGCGCACGGGCGCAAGAUCUUGGCGAUGCAGCCACCGGAGUACAGCCCCGGCAUCCCCGUGUUCGACACCGAGACGAUGGGGAUGGCGGUGUGGCCUCACCCGCAGAGCUCUCUACACGGGGACUUCGGAAGCCGGCCCCUGUACAUCUCCGCCGGCGGCAGGCUCCUGGCGUUCGUCUACCCCUUCGUCGAGAUGCUCGGCCCCGAGCUGCCGCGGCCCACCGACGGGUCGUGGUCGUGGGCCAGCAUCGAGCCGCCGCCGCCGUUCGUGUCCAGCGUCGUCAGCGGCUACGCGGUGCACCCGGACGGGCGCACCGUGUUCGUGUCCGUCAAGGACUGGAGGCCCGACAUCCCCGGCAAGAUCUGCUCGCACUACCUCGACUGCCGGCAGAGCACCUUCACCUUCGACAUGGAGCGCCACGAGUGGACCCACGUCGGCGAGUGGCUCCUGCCGUUCAAAGGCCAGGCGCACUACGACCGCGAGCUGGACGCCUGGGUCGGGCUCUGCCUCUACAAGCAAGGGGCCGGGCGCGUCUGCUGCUGCGACGUCCCGGCCGUCCCGCCCCACGACGGCGGCGGUGGCGGUGGCGGCGGGGAGACCACCAUGCCCGCCUGGAAGCUCGGGCAGGACGUGUUGUUCGAAACGACGGACACCCGCCAACAUCUGGGCGCCACGUUCGUGUACAUGGGCGAUAGCAGAUUCUGCAUGGUCGAGAGGCAGGACUGCGACGCGUACGCGCGCACCCGCGUGCUGAAGAUGACCCGCUUCUUGCUCAAGUACGACAAGGACGGAGAGCUGUGUGUCGCUGCCACCCGAUAUCGCGCUUACGCAUCCUUGUCGUAUGAGGUGGCGCAUCAACGUGUUGACCGUGUACAAAACCCUGUGGCAUUCUGGAUAUAG